GCAAGCUCUCAAAAAAAUAUAUAAAGAAGUCGUUUAAAUGAGUAUUGUAAAAUUUUGCCAAAAGUUAAAGAUUCCUCGAAUUGUUGCGUCCAGAUCAGAACACGGUUUCGCAACGUCCAUUACUUUAAUUUAAAGAUAAUGCAUUAACUAAGUAAUGCCAUGUCUACAACCAGGUAAUAACACAGUUAAAACCAUGCAACGACAUGCUUACCUUCACCUAUUACAUUAUUUCAGCACGACCAAAGCAUUUGCAUUUAUUACCUGUGUCACUGAAUGACGUAGGUUGCAUUAUUCCGCAUGGAGUAAUCCUACAUGCUCUAUCACUUUUACAUGAUAUAAUCUGUAUAACUUUCGGACAGUUGACCAAGUACUAGCCUUAGUCCAUAAAGAUGGACGCAAACACGACUAUCCAAGUGGCCGACUAUGUUGUAUGUGUUGUUGUCUUGUUGAUUCCUACGGCCAUCGGGAUUUUGUUCGCUGUUAAAGACGCGAAGAAGGCGACCAGAGAGGAAUAUUUGUUUGGAGGAAGACAAAUGUCUGUGGUGCCGGUUGCUUUGUCACUUUUUGUCACGUUCAUGUCUGCCAUUUCUUUGAUGGGAAACUCGACCGACAUGUAUACAUACAGCGUGAUGGUAAUGACUAUAUAUAUAGGACUUUCGCUUUCUUACGUCGUCGGUCUGUUCACCAUAGUGCCGCUGUUCUAUUCGCUACAACUGACAAGUAUCUAUGAGUACUUCGAGUUGAGGUUCCACUCACGUGCAGUGAGGAUGUCAGCACUAGCCGUUGGUAUGUUACAGACCAUCUGCUACAUGGCUGUAGCUCUCUACAGUCCAGCUCUAGGGCUACAAACAACAGCGAACAUUCCAUUGUGGAUGUCUAUUGUUAUUGUUGGCAUCAUCGGCACCGUGUACUCAGCUCUGGGUGGUAUCAAGAGCGUUGUCUGGGCGGACGCUUUUCAAUGUUUCGUCAUGUUUGGUGGGGCUCUUCCUAUUAUUAUCGUAGGUAUAAAAACUGCUGGAGGAUGGUCGGAGGCUUGGCCAUUAGCUGUGAAAGGUGGAAGAGUUUCUUUUGACGUUUUUGACCCUGAUCCAAGAGUGAGACACACCUGGUGGGGAUCUAUUUUUGGUGCCAUUUUCAUGUGGCUAAGCAGUACAUUCAGCCAGUCAACCAUCCAAAGAUUGUGUGCCAUGAAGACAAUGAGAGAUGCCAAGAUUUCCUUUAUUCUAAACAUUCCAAUUAUGUUAGCGUACGGCGUUCUGCUAUUUUUUGUUGGAUUCGCAGUUUAUGUCUAUUUUGAAUUUCUACGAUGCGAUCCUUAUGAAGGAGGCUUAAUUAGCAACAGAAACCAAAUAACUCCAUUUUUAGUCAUGCACGCACUAAAGGAUAUGCCUGGGUUGGCUGGUCUUUUUAUGGGCACGCUGUUCAGUGGGUCACUCAGUACUAUAUCAUCAGGAAUUAGCGCUCUAGCGGCUAACACAGUGGAGGAUAUUUUAAGGAAAUCUAUUGGAGGUUUUCAGGAGAGCAGGAUCACAUUUUUUACCAAAGUAAUUGUCUGCUUGUAUGGACUUGUCAUUGUUGGACUUGCCUAUGUAGCUGAUUCCAUAGAUGGCCCAGUCACACAGAUGAGUUCGUCGGUGUUUGGAGCCUGUGGGGGUCCUGUGUUUGGGGUGUUUAUACUUGGGGCGUGCAUCCCCUGGAGCAACAAGUACGGCGCCUUAGGUGGAGGUGGACUGGCUCUUGUUUUCAACGUGUGGUUGGCCAUUUCAGGACAGAUGUAUGGGAGGAAAACUAGACCACUACAACCCCCAUCUAUAGAGAACUGCUACACCAACGGCUCUAUGUUACUGCAAAACGCAACAUUUACUUUUGUAAACCUGACUUUAACAACACCAGCAGUUCAACCUAUCUCUAACAAAGACCCAUACAGUUAUGGUUUCUUCUUGUACGAUAUCUCCUACAUCUGGUACGGUUUUAUUGGAUGUUUUGUGGCCUUCAUCUCUGGCGCUCUCAUUAGCUUUUGUUUUAAGAACUACGACCACACCAAGACUGACCCACGUCUCAUUAUACCGAUUCUUAGAAAGUUAUGGUCUUUGCCUGAACCGGAACAUAAACAACACAGACAAGACAGCUCUACCAUCAACAGUAGAAGUGAUCUUUCUUCUUUUGCCAAGGAAUUGGAAAUAAGCCUUAAUGAUUUUGGGUUAAUUAACAAUGGGCAAAAAUUGAAAUAAUUUGUUCUUGCUGUAAUGAGAAAUGAAAUGUAUAAGAAACACUAUAAGGAAAUUCUUGUUCUUUAUUUUGAGAAUCUACCCAAUCCUUUACUUGGAAUGUAACAACGUCAAAUUUUCAUGCAAAAUAGCAAAAUUAUUAAAAAAAUUUUGCUUUUAAAUGCAAGUUUACUACUCGCAUCAUUCUGUUAUACAAAAGGUUGAGUUUAAAAGCAAAUAGGCUAUAUAUAACACUUGGGUGAAACCAUUCAAUUCCUCGGAAUAAAUAACAACAAAGAAACACAAUAUUUAAAUGUGGUGUGCACUGAUGUGUGUUGUUAACUCUUUAU